GCUAAAAACUGUAGCGUUGUACAGCUUCUUACGGCCAACGAACAAAUUUGGCCAACGGCCAAAGAGUCCGGCCAACGGUGGGGCUUGUUAGUCAUUGGCUCCGCCAUAUUAUGGGCUCUUUCCGGAAUAGAAUGGUGUGUGUGAAUACUUAUAUGGGUGAGAUUCGCAUUGUGUAGGGUGGAUGGCGUUAAGCCCUGUACGGUGGCUUGCCUGUGCUUGGCGCGAGAUUCGACCGAGUCUCGCGCAAUGUCAUGGUGGCGCCAAACCAGCCCUUAAUAUGGCGUCCCUUCCGGGUGUUGGCCGGACUCUUACUAGAGGGACUCUACUCCUUACUCAUCUAUGGCGCCUGUUGUAUACGUCAAUAGUUAUUCGUAUCAUUUCAUAAAAUGUACGUUCAUGCAGUGAUGUACCCAUUAAUAUUUGGUUUACUACUAAAUACAAUUGCCGCAGACUUUUCGGCAGAAGAUUGCAAGCUCUUAGGAUACAAUAAAGCUAAUUUACUAUGUUCCACAUGUGAAAAAUUGGUUACUUAUAAUCUUCAUGAUAUGUAUGACAAAUGCAAGGAAUGUUGCUUGAAAGAUGAUGACGAUGAUGCAUUAGGUCAGAAGCGUUACCCAAAGGCAGUCCUUGAAGUGUGUACAUGUAAAUUUGGAGCAUAUCCCCAGAUUCAGGCCUUCAUUAAAAGUGAUCGUCCCAGCAAGUACAAGAAUCUACAAAUAAAAUACGUCCGUGGCUUGGAUCCAAUUAUCAAGCUUUUUGAUUCGGACAAUAAAGUUGAAGAUAUACUUGAUAUUCAUAAGUGGGAUACAGACUCAGUAGAUGAAUUUUUAGCCACUCACUUGUCCAUAGACUAAACCAAUUAAUUCAUUCACCAAUUUUAUACUUGGAAAAUAUAACAAACAUUAUCCUAUAAA